GGUCCUUCUUCUGCGGCUCGGGGUCCUUCUGCUGGAGGUGACAUUCAUUCGGCUGACAGAAACAGAAGAGCGGAGACUGCCGAGGAACCUUUGAGUAUGGCACAGGCAGUGCAGAAACUGGUGGCCAAAGUCCCGACCCUGCUGGGCGCCGCUGUCACCUACUCCAAACCUCGGUUAGCCACAUUCUGGCACUACGCCCGCGUCGAGCUGGUCCCCCCGUCCCCUGCGGAGAUCCCCAAAGCCAUCGAGGGGGCCGCAGGUCUGCUGAAGGCCUUCCAGUCCGGACGCCUGGGUCAGACCACAGUCAGGGAUGCUUUUCGGAACGGGCUGGUGGCCACUGAAGUCCUGAUGUGGUUCUACAUCGGCGAGUGUAUCGGCAAAGGAGGGAUUAUCGGUACGACGUUUGAGGUCUGGACCGUCGCGCCUGUGUUUCUGCUGUCGAGUGUGGGACGCUCCUCUUCUGCUCCAAACCUGGAACCAAUAAAUGUGUGUGUUGUUGAAGGUGCACCCUUGGAUGCUCUUACUUCUCCAACCCAGCGCCACAAUGCAACAGCACCCAAAGAAAGUCACCACAACACUGAGGGAUUUGGCAACAGGGAAACUGCACCAAUGCAGUGA